UUCAAUCUCUUUCUCCAAUGGUGAAUCCUUCAACCAAUAACGAAAUUGGCAUUACAAGACAAUCCCUUAAUGUAGAGGCUGCUACACAAGGGAACCUUAACUCUAUCCUUAAGAUGACGGCGGUGGCCUCCAUCGCCGCCGGCAUCCAAUUCGGGUGGGCCCUACAACUUUCCUUGUUAACACCAUACAUCCAGUUGUUGGGAGUCCCACAUAAGUGGGCUGCCAACAUUUGGCUAUGUGGCCCAAUUUCAGGCAUGAUUGUCCAGCCACUCGUUGGCUACUACAGUGAUCGAAGCACUUCGCGUUUCGGUCGUCGUCGCCCUUUCAUCUUCUUUGGCGCCAUUGCAGUUGCAAUUGCAAUCUUCCUCAUUGGCUACGCAGCCGAUCUUGGCCACUCGUUAGGUGAUGACCUGACGAAAAAAACACGACCCCGUGCAGUGGUCAUCUUUGUUUUGGGCUUCUGGAUACUUGAUGUCGCCAAUAAUAUGCUCCAGGGACCUUGUCGUGCCUUCAUUGGCGACCUCGCCGCAGGUGACCACCGUCGAAUGAGAACAGGCAACGGCUUAUUCUCGUUCUUUAUGGCUGUCGGUAAUAUCCUUGGUUAUGCUGCUGGCUCCUACAACAAACUCCACGAAAAGUUCCCUUUCACACAGACCAAAGCUUGCGACGAGUUUUGCGCAAACCUCAAAACAUGUUUCUUCUUCUCAAUAUUCCUCCUUGUCGUACUUUCUACCUUCGCUCUACUUUACGUAGAAGACAUCCCAAAUACAUCGUCAAAACCACAAUCAGAAUCAGAACCACAAGUUUCUUCUUUCGGGGAGUUGGUAGGUGCAUUCAGUGGACUCCAGAAACCGAUGUGGUUGCUAAUGUUAGUGACAUCCAUCAAUUGGAUUGCAUGGUUCCCAUUCUUCUUGUACGACACUGAUUGGAUGGGUCAUGAAGUGUACGGUGGAAAUCCAGGGGAUGAGGUAUACAACAAAGGAGUUCAAGCGGGGGCAUUGGCACUCAUGAUCAAUGCUGUUGUGCUUGGUUUCAUGUCGUUGGCAGUGGAACCGUUGGGGCGUUUUGUUGGGGGUGCGAAGAGGUUGUGGGGGGUUGUAAAUAUAAUUCUCGCUAUUGGACUCGCAAUGACGGUACUCAUCACCAAGGCAGCAGAACAUGAACGUCACAUUAGCAACGUCGUUGGAAAACCCUCUCACGGUGUUAAGGCUGCUGCAUUCUCUUUCUUCGGCAUCCUUGGAAUUCCUCUUGCAAUUAAUUUCAGUGUCCCGUUUGCUUUAGCAUCUAUUUAUUCGAGCUCAUCAGGCACCGGACAAGGUUUAUCUUUGGGAGUUCUCAAUAUUUCAAUUGUGGUUCCACAGAUGAUAGUAUCGUCAUUAGGUGGACCAUGGGAUUCUUUGUUUGGUGGUGGCAACUUGCCAGCGUUUGUGGUCGGUGCCGUGGCGGCAGUCAUCAGUGCUAUAUUGGCGAUUGUCCUUCUACCUAAUCCAAAGCCGGAAGACAUGGCUAAGGCUUCCGUUGGAGGUGGUUUUCAUUAAUUAUAGUAGAGUUUAAAUUUUUCUUUUUUGUGUCGAGAACUAUUUGAACAUUUUGAUUUAAAUAUGCUGUGUGUUGGAUAUAUUGUGUCCCACCAAAUUCCAUUUUUGUGGCAUGCACUA